CGCCAAAAUUCAAAAAUCUCUCAGGAUGGACAGAACGGCGUGUAAAUAAUCAUGAUAGCAUAAUUUUUUAUAAGAAUCAAGAGACACUAGGCGCCACGUCCAGAUGCCUGCGCGAAAGCAAACGAUAAUAUGAAGGAUUACUUGAAUAUCAAGGAGGAGUAAUCUGAUGACAAUGAGACGGAGCCCGAGGAGACCAUUGAUACUAAAAAGGCGAAAGCUACCUUUUCAGCAAAAUGACACAGGCCCAGCUUUGCAUUCUAAUAAAGUAGCAACUGAAGAUGCUUCACAGGCAAAUUCCACUCAGUGCAUUCCUAAUGGUGUCUGUAUUAUGGAUCACCCCUCCAUGUCUGCUACACAGGUGGUGGUUGUCCCAAAGACUGCAGAUAUUCAGAAUGUAAUUGGAGUGCUCACUGCCAAAGGCAAAGAGUGUGGAGCACAGGGCCCAAAUAAGUUUAUUCUUUUAAGCGGGGACAAUGGCAACAGCAAUGGAUCUUUUUCUCAUCUCACCUUGCAGAAAAAUAAUUUAUCUUCAGAAAUUACUAAUAGACAGAUGAAUGUCCAGAAUGUUAAACACAUUAAUGCCAUUAAAGCCUGCAAAGAUAUGGAGUGUGGCCCACUAGAUGACAGUCUUACAAAUAUUCAGUGGUUGGGUCGAAUGAACACAUGUUCCCUGGAACAACAUCCAACCAAACCUAUUACUGACAAGGAAAAGCUGCAGGUCUCCCAGGUGUUACAGACUUGUAAUAAACAAGAAAAUGUAGAAGUGUCUCUUAAGCCGCCUCUGUCUGAGAGGCCACCAUACUCUUAUAUGGCCAUGAUCCAAUUUGCAAUCAAUAGCAAACAGAGCAGGAGAAUGACCCUUAAAGAGAUUUACAUGUGGAUUGAAAACCAUUUCCCCUACUUUAGAGAGGUGGCAAAACCUGGUUGGAAGAACUCUAUUCGACACAAUUUGUCAUUGCAUGACAUGUUUAUUCGUGAAACAUCAACUGAUGGCAAAGUUUCUUUUUGGACAAUCCGGCCUGAGGCAAACAGAUGUCUUACUCUUGAUCAAGUAUACAAGCCCGAUUUUGACCCUUUGAAAGUUCCAGGUCCACCGACAAUGCUUUUCUUUCUUAAUCAAAAAAAAAUGAUGAAUGAAUGUCAGAAUUUCAAGAAAACACCAUUUGGCACUGAGAGAAAAAUGAAGCCUCUUCUUCCCAGAACAGACUCAUAUCUGGUGCCUAUCCAGCUUCCUGCCUCCUCAUCAGUGUACAUGCCACCCUCAUCAUCAGGUUCUCAGCAUAAACGUAUUUCACGAGGGAACAAAAAAGUCCGAAUUGCCCCAAAGGUGUCAAUGGAUGAUGUGUCUGGUGUGGAUAUAAAAGAAGAAGCAGUAGAAGUUCCCGUUAAUAGUGCUACUCCUAAAGUUACUCCUAAGCAGCCCACCAGCAGCUCUCGACGCAAGCAGCGGCUUGUGCACUCUCUGCAUGAGGAGCCUCUCUUGUUGUGCCACGGUAACACCUUUUUAGACUCUGGGGUGGUGUCAGACAUUUCCACUUUCAAUGACAUCCCAGAUACCGUGAUGAGUGACGAAGAGAAUAUAAACCUUAACCAAGAACUGUCAUUUAAAACACCUAUUAAAAGUAGCAACCACUUGACCUCUUCAACCCCAAGUAAACCACCUUGUAAUAUGUUCCCUGAGAAAUGUAAAGUGACCCCCGUGGACAAACAUGGCCAAACUGUAUUGGACUUCAGUCCCAUCAGAACACCUGGAGGUCCUGCAGUCACUCCACGACAUGAUUACACCACAUUUAGCUUUAGCAGCACGCCUUUUAAAGAUCUGCCCCUGUUCAGCUCCCCCAGAGAGCUCCUCACAGCUACAACAUCCAGAACACCGGAUUCCCAGAGGAACUGCUUCCCCAGUGGCUGUUCCAGAGAACUGUUGCAGGCAACAGGAGCAACGCCCACUAAGCACUCGGUCACAGAAGGGCUGGUCCUCGACACUAUGAACGAUAGCCUCAGCAAGAUCCUCGUGGACAUUAGUUUCCCUGGUUUGGAUGAUGAGGACUUGGGAAUGGCCAACAUUAGCUGGUCAGAAUUUAUUCCACACUUAAAAUAAUUACAUGUUUAUUUGUGGGACAAAACUGAAAGUUUGUCAAUGGUCAGUGGUCUUCAGAUUUAUUUAAAGCUGAUUUCAUGCAGUUUCUCUGCUUAUUUGAGUCACAAAACUCUUCUUUUGCACUUACAACUAAAGGUUUUAUUUGUAUUUUGAUUUUGUUCUCUUGUGUCACCUUAACCUCUGUCUGUAUUGUUUUUUUUUGCAGCAUUUUCUUGCAUCCUAGUCCAAUCUGUAAUUCUGACCUUACUGUUGAAGGAAAUGCUAGCUCAGAUGUAUGCUUACUUGUAAUUUGAUUUGCACAUUAUAUCAUAACUUUAUUUUAAUCUUUUAAAUGUUAAACAAUAUAAUUGUCCAAUUGUGUAUAUAUAGUGUUUAGCUUUUAUGAAAUAUUUUAGGAUUUGGUAAGAUAAUAAUUAAAUAAAAAAGACAAAAAGCCCUAGAAGCAAUAGGAUGUAGACUUAGAGCUUAGUACUAGAAAACAAUGUGUUAUUGUAAAACUAUUUUAGGAGGACAGUACCUUUAGGGCUGUAUCUCCAUAAGGAUAACACAUGCAGUAUCACUUGCCAGUCUUUCAUUUACCAUACUGUGUCAUCAACAACAACCGUAUAGCCUUUUUAAAAAGCUGCAUACUGUAUGAGGCUGUUUAAAUUGAAGUUUCAACAAUAUUUGUGGCUCUGUCCAGGAGCCAAUUAUGGUAGGGACAUAUUAUGGUGUUUCAUGGGUGCCUUGUUUCAGGUGUUUUUUUUCUGUCUGCAAUAAAUCCU